GCUCAUCAAUCGUGAUGAGGGCGCCCUCACUGUACUAUUAGUAGCAGUGAAAAACUGAAAAUCUUUGUUGAUUAAAGGCUGUCCUUCUCCAUUUGCAAUCUCAGUGUUCAUCCAUAUUGAAGAUUUUUCUGAGAAUGAGUUACCAGAAACCUCCCCAUGAACACUACCCUCCUCCAGGAUACGCACCAAAUUAUCCAUCACCAGGAUACCCUCCAUCUGCACCGCCUCCACCAGCGCUGCCCUACGAAGGGUACCCACCACCGUCGCCUCCGUCUGGGUAUCCGGGUUACCCACCACCACCAGGGCCACGACAGCCGUAUGAAGGGUAUCAAGGGUAUUUCGUUGAAGGGUACCCACCACCUCCACCGCCUCCUGGACACCCUCAAUAUCAGCAUUAUCACUACGAGCAUCACCAUUACCAAGAUAAUUCCGAUGGCUGUUCCUCGUUUUUGAAAGGAUGCUCUUUAAUUUCUCUUGACAUGGCAACAACUAAAAACAUAGUUGCUCAACUUAACAAAGACCUAAAGCUCAACAAUGACAACUAUGAUAUUUGGAGCAUGAAAAUUCAAUAUGUCCUUGAGGAGUUAGAAGUGUUAGAGACAUUGAUGCAUGUCAUGGAAAAACCUAAGGAAGGUCAUACUGCUCAGCACAAAAGAGAUAGCGAGGCUUUUAUUGCUUGGAAACAAAAGAACAAUCUUGCUCGCAUUACCUUGCUUAGUGCAAUGACAGAUGACACAGUGCGACCCUUUAAGAAUUUAGAGUUUGCCAAGGACAUAUGGGAUGCCGUCAAGGAGAAAUACGGUGGAAUUUCAAUGACCAAACUAAGAGAACUCACCAUCAAGUUUGAUACUUAUAAGAAGCUUCCAAACAACACAAUGAAACAGCAUUUGAGGGUGAUGGCUAAUAUGGUGAGUGAACUUAGGGAAGCUGGUCACCAAUUGACGGAUGAACAACAAGUCCAAGCUAUCAUACGCUCCUCCUCACACUUAUGAACAUAUGAAAGUGCAUUUAAUGCGCAAUAUGGAUAUUAAGACCUUUAGUGAUGUUGCGCGAUAUUUGGAGUUGGUAGAGGAUCGUAUCAAGGCGGCUAUAACUGAUGCAAAGGCGUAUACAAUUACGUCUAAUGCUAAAAAAGCUUUGAGCUUUAAGCGAAAGUGCAAGCAAUGGUAUGAUAAUGAAGGGAAGGUGGCUAGCAAGAAGUCAAAGACUAAACAAACUAAGGGUCUUAUUAAAAAGAACAAAACAAAAAUGAAAUGUUACAACUGUGGUAGAAAGGGUCACUUUGCCAAUGAGUGCACUGAGCCCAAAAAGGAGCCAAAGACCACAUAGCUAACGAGAGGGAGGCACUUGUGGAUUUUCAUCGCAUCUCAGAAGGAUUUAAGUGGGUAUUUGUUGCAAAAAACAGUGAAGUGGAAAUCAAAGGGAUUGGCAUGUGCAAACUUCAAUUGUAUAAUGGUCGAAGCCUUCUUUUGCAUGAUGUCCUUAACGCUUCUGGAGUAUGACGAAAUAUAGUUUCUAUUUUGUCUUGAUGGGCUUAGGAUUUACUUUAAAUUUUCAUUGCACUGGUUGUCAAUUAAUUUUGGACAAUGUUAUGGUUCUGGUUAUUUAUCGAGGGGAUUUAUAAUUUGGAUGUUAUUGAUAAUAGCUUUAACAAGCAAGAUAUUAUUUCUUCUUUUAAUACAUCCACCUCUGUUGAUGCACAAUUA